GCGCCCUCGGCCGCGCGCGCCCGGCGGCGGGGGUCCCAGGGAUCUGGCUGUGUUCUCAGUGCUGCUCGGUCUGUCCAGUGGAGACGUCUUUUCCUUUCUUUCCCGAGCAGGAUUCUACACUUCUUUCCCAUUUAUUUAUUUUUUCUGCAUCUACUGAAAUGGCAUGAAAAGAAGUCACCUGUGUGAACUUCUCUGCUCCUGGUGGAUAUCCGUAAGCAAAUGCACGCACACUUAGUAAGAAGCUGUAUUUUAUUGUCUUUUAAUAGUCUUAUCUGGAUGCUUUUUUAUUUUCUGCUGUAUCUGGAAUUCACUCUACCAUCUAGCCAAUGAAGAAGAUCCUCAGAUAAUCAAGGCAAAGAAAAUGAACUGUGUCCAUCGACUGCAGUUGGCUACCAGAAACUGUAUGUUCCGAUUUAUUGCACUGCCCAACUGGAGAAAAUGUGACACACUAGCUGUAACCUCACCACGCUGCCAUCCAGUAGGAAUUAAUCACAGAGUAAAUAAGUAUCAGGAUCUGGGAGUAAGUCAGUAUGAUAGGUUGACUUUUCUGCCUAGACACUUUCAUUGCUGUGGGACUUCCAGUAACAAGCUAACAGGAUGCCUCUCCAGUACCAAAAGUAAGGAAGUUUGGAUGACUGCCAGGAGAUACACUGCAUCAAAUGAUGUUUUGUCAAGACAGCUUCUGAUAAAAAAAGUUGGAGCAGUUCCUCUUCUUUCACCAGUGCCUCCUCUUAAUUGUUUUCCCAUAAGAGACAUUAGAAGUUUCCAUACUUCUGCACGGACUCAAGCUGCUCCAAUUCCUCUCUUAUUGAUAAUUCUUAAACCAGUGCAGAAACUACUUGCAAUCAUUGUAGGCAGGGGAAUAAGGAAAUGGUGGCGGGCUCUUCCUCCUAACAAAAAGGAGCUAUUUAAAGAAAGUGUGAGGAAGAAUAAGUGGAAGUUAUUCUUUGGUUUGAGUAGUUUUGGACUGCUUUUCAUAGUAUUUUAUUUUACUCAUCUGGAAGUGAAUCCAGUCACAGGAAGGAGCAAACUGCUAGUACUGGGGAAAGAACAUUUCAGACUUUUAUCAGAACUGGAAUAUGAAGCAUGGAUGGAGGAAUUUAAAAACAAUAUGGUAACGGAGAGAGAUGCUCGAUACAGGACUGUUAAAGAAGUGGUUCAUCAUCUUACUGAGUGUAAUAAAGAUAUUCCAGGGAUCUCUGAGAUCAAUUGGGUGAUUCAUGUGGUCGAGUCUCCAGAGAUAAAUGCCUUUGUGCUUCCAAAUGGACAAGUAUUUGUUUUCACUGGACUUCUAAACAGUGUGACUGAUAUUCAUCAACUUUCCUUUCUUUUGGGUCAUGAAAUAGCACAUGCAGUACUUGGCCAUGCAGCGGAAAAGGCUAGCUUGGUUCACUUACUGGAUUUCCUAGGUUUGAUUUUCCUCACAAUGAUUUGGGCCAUUUGUCCUCGAGAUAGUUUGGCACUUCUAGGCCAGUGGAUACAGUCUAAGCUACAGGAGUAUAUGUUUGAUAAACCAUACAGUAGAACAUUGGAAGCUGAAGCAGACAAAAUUGGACUGCUGCUUGCUGCAAAGUCUUGUGUGGAUGUAAGAGCCAGUUCAGUGUUUUGGCAGCAGAUGGAGUUUUCAGAUCACCUCAUUCGUCAUCACAAGCUGCCAGAAUGGUUAUCUACACACCCUUCUCAUGAAAAUCGAGCUGAGUACUUGGAUAGACUCAUACCUCAGGCUCUCAAAAUUAGAGAGAUUUGUAACUGCCCACCACUUUCUGGACCAGACCCUCGACUAUUAUUCAAACUAAAAAUGAAGCAAUUGCUUGAAGAUUCAGAGAAAGAAGACCUAAAUAAAACUUUUAAGAAACAGAAAAUGGAUUCUCCUCCCAUUCAAAACCAGAAGCAAAUACCAUUAGCAUACAUAGUUGAUAAAAGAACUGGCAGUUAAAAUUUAUGAGGUACAAGAUGUAUGAAGAAUGCAGGAGCUCAUGGCAUUUUUAUGCUUUUUAAAAAAUGAUGUUUGAAAUUAAAUAAGGAUAUUCAGGGUCAAAUCAUGUAUAUUACAGGCAUUGCCUAAAUUCUUUUACUAGAUGUUUAUUUUUCAUGAAAUAGUGAUGUACUCCAGUCUAUUUUAAAAAAAUCUUCAUUCAGCGGGGAGGCAAUUACAGAAGCCAGACCUUCUACCUUCUGCAUCCCAUAAUGUGACCCUGGGUCCAUAAUACCAGAGGGAUAAAGAAUAGGAAAGCUAUCAGGGGAGGGGAAGGGAUACAGAGUUCUGGUGGUGGGAAUUGUGUGGAGUUGUACCCCUCUAAUCCUAUGGUUUAUUCAAUGUUUCCUUUUUACAAAAAAAAAAAAAAAGGAAAAAAAUCAUCAAUGAAAAUGUCACAGAAUAAAUUUAUAUCAUAUUUUA